AUGGAGGCAACACAAAUUCAAGUGAAAAAGUAAAUGGAAGAAGAAGCUCAAACAGAAGUUGAAAUCUGGAAUUACAUAUUCGGGUUUGUGAAAAUGGCAGUAGUUAAAUGUGCCAUAGAGCUCGGAAUAGCUGACGCCAUUGAAAACCAUGGUGGCCCCAUGACACUUUCAGAGUUAUCAUCAACUCUCAAUUGCGCACCCUCAAAUCUUCACCGAGUACUGAGAUUUUUAGUUCAUUACCAAAUCUUCAAAGAAAAACCCACCAGCCAAUGCUCCAUCGCCUUCGAACAAACCCCAAUCUCUCGCCGCUUCAUAAAACAUGGACAUAACAGCAUGGCCGCAUUUGUCCUUCUAGAGAGCAGCCCCGUGAUGCUGGCUCCGUGGCAAGGCCUCGGCGGGCGUGUGUUGGCGAAUGGGACAUCGGCAUUUGACUCGGCUCACGGCAAGGAUGUGUGGGCGUAUGCCGCGGAGGAUGCGGCUCACAGCAAGCUGAUCAAUGAUGCAAUGGCGUGUAACGCUAGAGUUACAGUGCCUGCCGUGAUUGAAGGUUGUCCUGAGGUGUUUGAUGGGAUUGGGAGCUUGGUGGACGUUGGUGGCGGGAAUGGGACGGCUUUAGGAUUGUUGGUGAAGGAAUUUCCAUGGAUUAGAGGGAUAAACUUUGAUCUUCUUCAUGUUGUGUGUGCUGCAGAUCAAGAGUGGGAUGGAGUUGAGCAAGUUGGAGGUGACAUGUUUCAGAGUAUUCCCAUGGCUGACGCUGCUUUCUUCAUGCAAGUUUUGCAUGAUUGGGACGACGAUGAAUGCAUCCAGAUCCUGAAGAACUGCAGAGAAGCGAUUCCAAAGGAGAAAGGGAAAGUGAUAAUAGUCGAAACCAUUAUCGAAGAAGAAGAAGAAAGGGACAAAUUAAAGUUUGUGAGAUUGAUGCUGGACAUGGUGAUGAUGGCUCACACUAGAAAGGGCAAAGAGAGAACCUUGAAGGAAUGGGACUAUGUUCUUCGGCAGGCAGGAUUCAGCAGAUAUAAUGUUAAACCUAUUCAUGCGGUUCAAUCUGUUAUUGAAGCUUUUCCUUAAUUAAUUAAUUAAGAUUUAUGAAUGAAUCUUCCAUGUUUUUGUAUUAAUGGUGUGGUGCCGGUUGGUGUUUUUCAUGUUUAGAUCAAACAGAACUUGCUCUCAAGUUUUUUUAAUAAGUUUUCUAAUGAAUUUGGGUUAUGUAUU